AUGGAGGCAACCGAAAAAGAAAACCCCCAUACGAAAGGUAAGUUGGAGACGGAGGAGAAGAGCGGCAGGCAUGUGGAGCGUGACUUUCUCUGUGUCAGACCUGCACGAGGCCAUGGUCGAAGUCGACCUGCGCGACGAAUUCCACCUUGAUGAGGAGGUCGUCAAGGAGGAGAAGAACGAGGAAGGGGAGACGGCCGACGAGAGAGAGGAGGAGACGGCGAGCGAGGAGGAGGAGCACCAGCCGGCGGCAACAGAGGGCUGCCGAACGCCGCCCGCACCUCUGGUGACCCGGCGCAGCACCUCCAGCGGCGCCCUGGUGCUCCAGCCGGAGGAGGACCCCGAGGAGAGGCUGCUGGCGGAGAUGCUCGAGGUGACUAGGAGAGUCGGCCAGUUCAUGCAGGAGGUGAGCUGCACCGUCAAGGCCACCGUCAUGUUGAAAGCUUUUGACUUUCGAUGGUGUCCUGGUGGCUUCUCAGUUUGCGGCCAAGGGCAAGACGUUCCGGGAGCGCCUGCAGAGGUUGCGCCACAACCACCUGAACCAGGCGACUGGGAGCCGCCUCAGGGUGGCUUCUCGGGACAAGAAGCCCUCUCUGCCGCCGGUGCCCGAGAAGACGCCCGGUAUGCUAAGAGGGUGUGUGCAGGCAGCGUUGCGUCUUGCCAUGAGUCAUUCACUGUCUGCUUAUGUGUGUCUCUCUCAGCGAAGAAGGAGACACUGUCCAAGCAGAAGAUGCUGGACGGCAAGACCCCGCUCCCAGGACGGCGCCCACCCUUCCUCGUCGGCAUCCCCCGCCGCCCCAUUGACGGAACAUUCGGACCACCCCCGACAGUCACGCGGCCCAAGCCGCCCAAGCGGCCCGAGAAGAGAUCAAGUACGUCCGAUUACGACAUCUGCAGAUACAAAUCUCUUCACAAACGGUUUCUGCAUGUCUGGUGAUCAGAGAAAGCCCUUGACAAGGAACAACCCAAGACGGGCCACGUCUGAUGCUGUGGAGGAGGGUUGAGUGGGGAGGGAGGGUGGGGGGGCUGUGUUGUUUCUGUCUGUGGUGGAUUUCAGCCGUCCAGGGGGCGUGGCGUGUCUAUGUGAUGCGGUUCGAGGGUGUGAGGGUGGAUGGAUGGACGCGGAAGGCGGAGGGUCGCCGCAUGGAGGG